GUAAGAAACUUUUUAUUAUAUCGAUAAAAUAUUUAUAAAAAGUAUUUUAAUUGCAGGAAAAAAAAACCAAAAGAAAUUUUUAUGUAAACACUGUAAGAAGAACUUUACAACUAAACAAAUUAUGCAAAUUCAUGAAAGAAUUCAUACAGGAGAAAAGCCCUACAGUUGUGAUGAGUGUAAACAGAAGUUCACAACUAAACAAAAUAUGGAAAAUCAUAAAAGAACCCAUACAGGAGAAAAGCGUUACACUUGUGAUGAGUGUAAACAGAAGUUUACACAAAAGGCACACUUAAUUACACACCUCCGAAAACACACAGGAGAAAAGCCUUACAGUUGUCACGAGUGUAAAAAGGAGUUUGCAAGAAAGUCAAACUUAAUUAGACACCUUCGGAUCCAUAUCGAUAAAAUAUUAUUUAUAGAAAAUAUUUUAAUUGCAGGAAAAAGGAACCAAAAGAAAUUUUCAUGUAAACACUGUAAGAAGAACUUUAAAACUAAACAAAGUUUGCAAAAUCAUGAAAGAAUCCAUACAGGAGAAAAGCCUUACACUUGUGAUGUGUGUAAACAGAAGUUCACACAAAAGGCAAAUUUAAUUAGACAUCUUUCGAUCCAGAAUAAACAAAAGUAACAUUGAACGUUAAUUAUGAUCAGCGAAAUUCGUUUGAAACCACGAUCCAAAAAUACAUUAUAAUAUUCUUACUUAGAAAUUUUGAAGGAAUAUUAUUUUUAAUUUGUAUUGAUGUAGAAUGAUCGAAAGACAUAAGCAAAACUGGUUUUAAAUGAAAAUUUGUUUUUCUAAUUUCUAAGAAGUUUCAACUAAAAAUCAUCUCAAUAUUCAUAUUCAAAUGUAGCUCUUUUCGAAUUUUAUAAUUAUAUUUCAAACGGUAACAGCUCUGUAUUACGAUAUUUUUAAACAAAAUUUGAUAUUUUUUGAAAUUUUGAAUUUGCAAUUUUCUGUUUGAACAUAGAAAACAGGCUUCAUUUAAA